AAGCGUUGAAUUUGUAAAUUCAAACGGGCUGUUAUUGGAGAUUUUGAAACAUGCAUUACGGAAAAAUGUAUAUUUUGCUGCUAGUCGUUUUCUCAUUAGAUUGUGUAAGGAGUGACCAAGAUUAUGACGCAGCAAUCAAUGAUGAUGCUGAUGAAAGGAUCGAUGAUGAUACUGGGGCUGAUGUCGAUACUGGGGCCGAUGUUGAUACUGGGGCUGAUGUCGAUACUGGGGCCGAUGUCGAUACUGGGGCCGAUGUCGAUACUGGGGCCGAUGAUAAUGAUGCGAAAUUGGGCACUGAUUAUAUUGAAACCGACGAAACAGGGGAUUCGAACCGUCCUAUGGCUUCCAUGAAUAUGACAUUCGGUGAACCUCAAAUUAUUGAAGAUCCUUCGGCUGAAUGUGUAACAGGAACGUAUUCCCGAGUCGAAUGCAACUAUUGUUUUUGCUAUACACCAACUGUACGAUGCUGUACCGAUGAGGACUGUAAACCCGUGAAUUCAACCAUAAAACUGUCUAGCAAUCCGGCCAAAAGACUAGCAUUCAAAAAGUUGCGUGCUCUUGCUACUGGUUGCGUUCCUGGGGAAACGAUAGACGCCGGACAUUGCAAGUGCAAUUGCACUUUACCCAGCAUCAUGAACUGUGACAAAAACUGCUUGGAACAUAAACAGUCUGUUCGUGGAUACUUUAGUAUCUGACCAUGAAAAAAUCCUGCAGUCGUAACUGACCCUUUAGCGCAACUUGGCUUGUUGCGCGCGAGCCCAUAUAUUAAUCGCGACUUUAAGUAUGGACUCGCGCGCGAUAAGGCAAAUUGUGCUAGAGGGGCUGGUCUAAAACGCUUGAUGUGGAAACCUGGCAAAUCUUAUGUUCGCUGGCUCAGUGGAAGGAAAGAGUAAAGGGCCGCAGACCAACGCGUUGGUCCGACCAAAU